AUGGAAUUUGGUUAGAAAUAGAGGGGAGGGGGAACGAGGAAGAUGCACAAUAUUGCUUCGGUGAGUGAUUUAGGGAUUGAGAGAGUUGUCAAGAGAGGGAGAGUCCAAUUAAACAGUUGAUUUAUCUUGUAACUACUUACCUUUUGUCUUUCAAUACAUUUGGGUUCUAUUUGUUUUCUUCGUUUGCCCUAUUGGAUUUAGAAGGAUGGGUUCAAUGAAAACAGAGUUGAAGAAGGCUUGGCAGUUUAUAAAUUCAACAGAGUUUUGGAGGAUGGCCGUGCUGUGGAAUCUUUCUAUCCUCUAUUCUUACUUGCUGCUAUUCUCUCAAAGAUUUCUCUCUUUCUCUAUUAAUCAAAGAUCUGAAAUGUACUACUCCUAUGAAAGGGAUUCUCCUUGCACCUCAGAAGCUGUCAUGCCCCUUUGCAUUAUCACGGGUGCUACUUCUGGCUUGGGUGCAGCUGCCGCACUUGCUCUUUCUAAACGUGGCUUCUACGUAGUACUGGCUGGACGGUCAAGGCAUUUGUUAUUGAAGACAAUGUCAGAGAUAAAAAGGCAGAAUGAAAAAGCUCUUCUUAAAGCUUUUCAAGUCGAUCUUUUAUCCAUUCAGUCAAUCUUGGAUUUCAAGAAUUCCCUUCAGCUUUGGCUCCAAGACUCUAAAAUGCAUCCUUCAGUGCAACUUCUGAUUAAUAAUGCCGGGAUAUUGGCAACAUCUUCUAGAUUGACAUCAGAAGGCUACGACCAGAUGAUGGCUACAAAUUAUGUUGGUCCGUUCUUUUUGACUCAAAUGUUAUUGCCACUCCUGAAGAACAGCCCUUUUCCAUCUAGGAUAGUGAACGUCUCAUCCUUUACACAUAGAUGUGUUUUUGAUGUUCACGUUGACGAGGAUACAGUAUGUGGAAAGGGCUUCUGGGGAUUGGAUCAAUAUCCAUGUUCUAGUAUCUACCAGUAUUCUAAAUUAUGCCUACUGCUGUUCUCUUAUGAGCUUCACCGAAAACUUUCCUUAGAUAAGGAAUCUCAUAAGUUAACUGUCAAUGUAGCGGAUCCUGGAGUGGUCAAAACGAACAUCAUGAGAGAAGUUCCAACAUAUCUAUCUAGAGUAGCAUUUACAAUAUUGAGGCUUUUGAGACUUCUACAACUACCUAAAGAUGGUGUCAACUCCAUUUUGGAUGCAGCCCUUGCAUCACCUGAAACAUCUGGGGUAUACUUUUUCGGUGGAAAGGGUAGGAGGGUCGGAUCCUCUGCUCAGUCGAACGAUGCAAAACUUGCUGAGGAGCUUUGGGAAACAUCGUCUAAUCUGUUUGUGAAAUCUCAGAUUUCUGUUGAGGGAGGAACCAGUUCUUAAUUUUGACCAUAGGAUUAUGUCAUUUCAGUUAACUUCCUCUUUUCCUCGUUAUAAAAAAUUAUGAACUUGUGAAUUGUGAUGCAUAAAACUUUGUAAGACCCUUAGUUGGGAAAAUAUUAGGGUUACGAGUUUUGUUACUUGCGGGAAGUCUCAGAAAAUUUUCUGUUCCUUUCAUAUGGUAGUAUUAAAUUAGGUUAAGAUAUGAAACUAAAUAUUCUUUUA